GUUGCGCUUGACCCGACCGAAACACCCAUCACUCUCACCUGAUACUUCACACUCUCCCCCUACAAACGAAUAGUCAACUAUAGUCGCUCUUUUUACCCUCAUUGUGUGUGUUUCUGCUACUGCUGAUGUGAUUGUUUGGUGCGCGUGCCGGGAAGAGACGAGACAAGACGAGACGAGACGAUUGGAUAAGAGGGAGACCGGAGAAGGCGAUUGCGCGUCUGGCAGAUCUGAGAGAUACUGAGCGGUUGGAUUCAUCUCAGCCGCACGCACGCGAAAGAACUUGAGGACUGGACACCCACGACGACGACGACGAGACGGGACUGACGCAGGUGCUCUUCGGCGCGCGCGAUAAGCUGGCGCGAAUCUGCGGAACGUCGGACCGGUGGGAUUGGUUCACGGCGCUGCAUGCACUGGAUUGUGCAUAUCGAACAGAAGGGUUGGGAAAGAAGUGAAGAGCACUAGAGCGGAGGAGACACGAGCAGACGAGUGAAGAUCAACGGAGAAGAAACGAGCAGAGGCGUUGUCAUCACGAACGUGGACGAGGAGAAAGAAGCGCUCGCCGGCUGGCCAUGGCGGAAGUUGGCAUACGGGAUAAUGUGGUAGCGAGGGCUCCAGGCUGGACUGCCGCCGGGACAGAGGUGGAGAGGACGAUGCGAUCCAUCUUUAAACGCUGUGUCGAGUGCGGCCCAGUGACUCCCACAUGUCCAGCGUGCCCGUCGGGAGACAUUUGCUCGCUCGUCCCUCAGACCUGUGACGAGUGCGCUCACAUGGUAUGCAUAGCCAACCCGAGUCCCGCGCCUCCAGCUGCCAAAACCAAUGUAGGAGCCAUUGCGGGAGGUGUCGUAGGAGGAGUCGCUUUCAUGGCAUUUCUCUUGUUCCUGUUCUGGCGAUACUGGGCCAAGAAACGACGAGCACAGCAUGAUCAAUGGGAGAUUGAGGACGAGGAUGAUCUCGCCACGCAAAAGGGCCAGUCGCAAUUCAAUGCCAUGAAGUCUGAUGCGGCCUCCACAAAGACCAGUCGCUCAGUGGCCGCGAGCUUCCUCAGUCGUGCCAGCAAUAUCAUCCAUAUUGCUUACAUUCCUGGUGUGACGAACCGUUUCGGCUCUGGUCAUAACAGUAUGACAGCGCCCGUUCCUCCGAUUCCCGCUGCAUAUGCGAACAGAACACCGCAGACAACGACGCCGAGGAGUCCUUUGAGUCAUGAAGGAGACGCUCUCUUCUUCAGACCUUCGGAUCUGCGCGACAGUACUUGGUCCGACGGCUCUUCGCUCCGCUCCGGAAAGAGAGACACGCAGUAUACUACACACUCCAUCACUCCCUCUUUGGCUCGCUCUUCAUUGAUGUCGGACAUCUACCGGGAUGAUGCCACGACAGAGCCUAUGCCAGCAACGCAAGUAUUUCGCGCGCUGCCGAGAAUGGUGUCUGUGAAGUCGUUCUCGGCCUCGGCAACAUCGACACCGUCCAUGGAGACGCCACCAACUCUCGGCCCCAGCCCUGGAGGAAGUGGCGGAAGUGGUGUCAAAGCUGUGAUGCUCGGCGAACAGCCCUCCAUAACAAGCUCUCCCUCGUCUCAUCACACGGGCGGCACUUUCGCCAAAGCUACUCCAGUCACGAUUGGUGGUGGUGGUGGUAAAGGCAAGGGACGAAUACCAGUCGUCACGCAACAAACGAGCAAUGCAUCAUCACUUUCUCCUCCGGGUUCGAGUACAAGCCGUCCUCCUGCUUCAACGAGAUCUUCCCCGUUAGUAGAAACGGCCAAUGAAUCGGACGAUGCCAAGGAAGAAGACGAGGAAGAAGACGAACGCUCGCGGGCUCGCAAAAGUCUCAUCAGAGAAUCCACGGCAGCAGCAGCGAGCCCUGCUCCCCUCAUCCAGCCGCUAGAAAGUCCGUUUUUCGACGCCACCGAGUUACGAACGCCCGCUUCUUCCACCAUCAUACCCCGACCGAACCCGUAUGCGGCCAUGUCAGCUUCUGUAGGCAGCGGGCCGCGGACCAAACGGUUCAACAGCAAUAUUGGCGGUGACAACCGAGGGCCGGGGGGCUUGAGUGCAGUGAUUGAAGAAGCUGCGAAACGAGCGUCGCAGGAUCCGGAUCAGGAUGGUAGCAGUGAGGGUGGGGAUGGCACUGUGAAGCGAGAUCCGAGUCCGUUUGCGGAUAAUCAUGCCUAUACUGCUUCCAAGUGAUGGAAGGAAAUUUCGCCAAAAGAAGUGUUUAGUGAUACCCGUGGGAUUUGGUGGGAAAAGAAGAAAGAAAAAGCAAAAGAAAAAGAAAAAACAAUCAGAGCUGGUCUUGAGGAGAUAAUGGACGACGCAGGAAUCAAAGGACUGAAUCUAGGCCAUACCAGAUUGGUGAAUUGGCACAUGAAUGAUAGGAGGGGAAUGAAUGAAUGGACGGAUGGCCUCCAGGUACUAUUCCUCACUGAUCGCUCCCAUGAUAGCCAGCUGGGCUGGACGGGGCUGGACCUUUGUUCUUCGAAAAGAAGAGGAAAACACAAGAGAGAUUUGACGAAAAAUGGCUCGAGUCACGAACGUUGGCAACCACGGGGGAUCCAUAGAACCAAUUUCCUUUCUGGUAUGCAGGAGAAGAGAAUGAAAGAGGGAAAUAAACAUGUGAUGGGGAACGAAGAAGGGGAGGGAAGGAAACAAACAGAAAAUGAAGAAGAAGAAGACGAAGAAGAAGAAGACGAAGACGAAGCAAUGGAAGUCUGUACUCUCAUUUCCAUUUUCCUUUUACACACUUUGUAGUUCUCCUUGACGUAUGAGAAAUUC